GAGGAAUACAUUUAUUAAUGAAUUAACAUGUAAUACAAAAUCGACAACAGUGCAGGUAUCUUUUUCUUUAUCACCCAAAUCCAUGAAAUUCCCGAAAGUAGAUAUUAUCUGAAAAAGAACAUAAGAAUUAUGCAGAUGUAGACAUUGUUCUCAGUGUAAACACAAUAAUUAACCAUUAAAUAUGUUUAAAAUGACGAAAUAAUUAGCUGAAUCGUACAUAAUUAUGUCAGUAAACAUUUUUCAAUAAUACAAAAUCGAUAUUACAUCUGCCUGCAAACGUCAAGUUUAUGCCAUAAAAUAAGGAAAUAGUAUGCGCAUAUAAUUUCUAAGUAUUUCCGCAGAUUUGUCCUUAAAGAAAUACAUGUGGAGGAGCCUUGUCAGCAUUAGGAAAAGUACACAACAAAGUAAAUGAAACAAUCACCAAAACGAGCUAUCCCACCUCAUCAUGUCCAUGAGUAAUCCAUUAAAAUGCCAAAAAAUUCACAAAAUGGUCAUUAUAACAUGUGUCUUCGAGUAAUUCGACAUAUUCUGAACGGAAAAGUACGUUUUUUCAACACACUGAAAACUGCCUGUAAGCUACGGCAGGACAAGGACACCACCAUUGCCUAUUUCUGCUAAAUACGCCGUAUUUCAUCAACUUUUAGCUGGAAUAUAUGUAAAAAAGUGUGUAAAACAACGAAAAAUGACCCAACCUUGACGUUUUUUACAAAAAUAACUCAAAUAUCCAUCAGCUGAUCAAAUGACCUACAGCCGUCUACAGGCUGCCUUGAAAUCGGAGCUCAACCUAGUCAUUUGUGCCGCUACAUUGGAGUCCAAGAAGUAUGGAAGCUCCCCUUGUCAUCCGUGUGCUUGCUGCUUCUGUAUGUCUAGCAGAGAAGGCCAGUUCUCUAAUUCGUACAGUGUAUGCCUCCAAGGACCUUGCAAUUAUUGAUAAAGGAGUCAAUGAUUUUCAGUCUAGAGCUGAUAGGGAUUCCCAAAGGUGCAUCGUGCAAUCUCUGAAUAACACCUUCCCAGGCCUUCAUAUUAUUGGUGAAGAAGGAGAAUUAGACGCUGGGAAUGUUCCUCAGUAUAGCGAACUAAGUCCAGAGGUUCUUCAGCACAAAUGCCCUCCAUGGUUGAGUACCCUAUCAACAGAUGAUCUAGUAGUUUGGGUAGACCCACUGGAUGGUACAAAAGAAUUUACCGAGGGUCUUGUGGAGUACGUUACAGUCCUUAUUGGCAUUGCAGCUGGAGGUAAACCUGUAGGUGGUGUAGUAGCUCAGCCUUUCUACCAGCCCACUUCAGUUGAAGACACGAAAAAACCACACUACAUAACUCGUGUUGUUUGGGGACUUUCGGAUGUCGGAGUAUUUGGAGUAAAACCCUCACUGCCUUCUUCACAAUUGCCAUAUCCGAUCGAUUUAAAUGCUCCAAAACUAUCUUUGCCACAUUCCAUUGUGGUCACCCGAUCUCAUCGAUCUCCUACUCAUGAUACUGUAAUCAAGGCAUUCUACCCCACCGAGAGCGUUUGUGCUGGAGGAUGCGGUUACAAAGUCCUUAUGUUGCUUGAAGGCCGUGGUCAUGUUUACGUCUUCCCUAGCCAAGGAACUAAAAAGUGGGAUACGUGCGCUCCAGAAGCUGUCCUCCUGGCAUCUGGAGGCAAGCUGACAGAUAUACUUGGACAACCGUACAAUUAUAGCUUGAAUACAGAACAUGAAAAUGUCAGAGGCAUACUUGCUACUCCCGUCGCUGAUUGGCUUCCAGCUUAUAUCUCAUGCCUACCAAAAGAAGUGGUUGAUGACUUCUCAUCUCGAAAAUGAUUACGGGUUUCAGAUUACUUUGUGUUCCAGGAAAUUAAUUGAUACAGUUGUACGAAUGCGCAGGACUUACUAUUUAUGAUUUUGUAGUCAGUAAUUUUGCUUAAAAAUAACAUUCUAUAUAUAGUACAAUGCUACUCCAAGAAAGUCUUUAUUCAUAAAUUAUAAACUGAUCUAAAAAAACCUACUUCUUUGUGUUUUAUAGAAUUUAUAUCUGGCUUGGGUUUCAGUUUACAAUUAACGCUUUAAAUUGUUGAUUUGGAUACCUGGAUAAACCACCUCAGAAGCUUAGAGUCGGUUGCUACUGCUACACUCUUAUAAGAUUAUCGCUACCAUCGUUUCAAACGUACGCAGAUCAAUAAAACCUGUAGCUGUAAUCAACAUGUACUUCGUACGAGUGCUUUUAUCUCCUACUAGAUGAGUUAAAUAUUUACUACCUCAUACGGUAAAGUGUGCAUGAUACGUUCUAUCUGGAAUUUAAGUCGAACCAUUUAAUAAAUUCUUAAACUUACAGUGUAUCGUUUUUAUGAUGAUUUCUCGGAAAUCAUCGACCUGUACGUGAAAAGAAUAAACAGAGGUAGACAAGAUGUAUUGAUUCCUGUUACCUAAUUAUUACAAGAUAAAC